AUGGCACCAAAAUCGACACAGGAUUUCGAUGCUACUGCAUCCAUACCAGCCUCUCGAGUCGAAGCAAAACUGGAAGCAGGCAUCUAUGUUCCAACUGUGGCUUUCUUCAAAGACGACGAGGAAGUGGACAUAGAAACAACACGCAAGCAUGCUCUGAGGUUGGCCAGCAGUGGCAUAAAGGGCAUAGUGACACACGGUAGCAAUGGAGAAGCCGCACAUCUCAGCCACGAGGAGCGGGUUCUCAUCACUCGAACGACUAGGCAAGCACUCGACGAAUCUGGCCACGGCCACAUUGUCAAACUCAUUGUGGGUUGCGGGGCGCAAUCAACAAGAGAGACGAUCAAGCUCUGCAAAGAUGCGGCUUCUGCUGGCGGCGACGCAGCUCUUGUGCUGCCACCAAGUUACUUUGCCUCGCUGCUGUCGUCGAAACUUCUUCUUGACCACUACCGGAAGGUCGCUGAGGCAUCACCAAUCCCCAUCUUGAUCUACAACUUCCCGGCAGUCCAAAGUGGUAUCGACUUGACGUCAGAUCAGAUCAUCGAGCUGGCUCAACAUCCUUCAGUCAUCGGUGUGAAGCUCACUUGCGGCAACACUGGCAAGCUGGCUCGCAUCGUGGCUGCUACGAAGAAGUCGGGUUUCUUGACGUUUGGAGGAUCUUCUGACUUCCUCCUGCAGACAUUGGCGGUCGAAGGCGCCGGGGUGAUAGCGGGUUUGGGCAAUCUCGCACCGGCGACGAAUGUGCGACUGAUGGAAGCAUAUGGGGCCGGCGAUAUAGAGCGAGCACGGGAGAUACAAGCUGUACUGGCUGAAGCGGAUUGGGUUGCGAUCAAGGGCGGGUUCGUCGCUGUCAAGGUCGGCCUCAACCAUUCGUUUGGAUACGGCGGAGAACCAAGAUCGCCAUGUGCGAUGCCUGAGUUGAAGGUGCAGUCAGAGAUGAAAAUUGGCUUCUCUCGACUCAUGGAGUUGGAGCGCAGUCUUCAGAAGCCUCAGUAG